AUGGAUCCAUAUAAAUUUAAUAGUUGGAUAAGGUUAUUAAUUUCGUUAUGUUCAACUGGUGCAUACAUUUUAAUAUCCUUGAUGCUGCCUUUGUUUGUGGCAGUACCAAGUUUUCAAACAACAUAUGGUAUAUUCUUUGUUAGCCCAUAUAAUGACAACAAAUAUAUAAAGUGGCAUGAAUUUGAAUCUCAUGCUUGUAAAAAUGAAAAUGUUGUCUUACCUCAGAUCAAUUAUAAUGCCUCGAAGGGAAAAGAGUUCACAAGAAAUAUGAGAAAGCAAUUAUGCCAUUCUAUAAACUUCCUCAAAAAUUAUUUAUUAAUUACUUUUAUAGUGUCUAUCAUAGAUUUAAUUGUAGUUAAGGGAGUACUAUUAUAUGCUCAUUUCAGGGAACAUCCUGAAACGUUUGCUUUAAAACAUGUCAAGUUUUGUAAUAAAUUAAUUACUUUAAUAAUAUGUAUUACUAUAACAAAUUGUAUUUUGCUUGUUGCCCCCGUCUUUUUUUUUAAUUCUUAUGAGGAAUUUGGGAAAACCCAUUAUUUACAUGCUGGGUUUUAUAUAUUACUAGCUGAUUUUCUUACACAUUUUAUUAUUGUAAUAUUUUUAAAAAGAGAUAAAACAAUUCUGAAAUGCGUUUGUGAAUUAGAGCUUAUACCUUGGGAUGAAAAACGAAAAUUACCAGUUCAUUAUGCCGAAUUUAAUGAUACAUUAAUUAGCCCUAACGAAAUAACAAAUUAUCUUCAAGGAUUAUUUCAACAGGAUAACAUUAACGAAGAACAACUUAAAAACUUUUUUGGCACAGAUAAUUAUGAACAAAUAUAUUAUGUCAUUUUGAAUAAUUUAAAAAAUCAAAAACAAAUGAUGAAUAUUACACCUAUGUAA